CUGCAUGCCUGGUGAUUAAAAACACAUAUAUUAGUUUUCCCUUUUAAAAACUCGGCAGACUCAUACCUCCACUCACCCCACUGUCACUAUCUGAACGGCACACGCCGAAGUGAAACCGCUGACAAACUGGCCUCUUUUUAUUACCCCUAAAAAAAAAAAAAAAAAAAAAAAAAGACCCACUCUCUCUUUCUCUCUCUCUCUCUCUCCUGCGAGGACGGGAGGCGCUAACACCAGCUAACUCGCUAACGUUAAAAAAAACACUCGGGCCAGGCAUUAGACAUAGCCGGCUGCACGGACCAUGAAGCGUACGGGGAGGAGACGGAGCUCCGUGUGGGACUGCUUUGAACAAGUGGGGAACUUUGUGCGCUGCAUGAAAUGUGACGCCAAGCUGAAGUACUGCGGCGGAGCUACGAGCUCCAUGAUUAACCACAUGAGCAGGCACCAUCAGUCCCCGACCCCGCUGGACGAGGACGAGAAACCCGUGAUUUGUACCGUCCAGUGCAUGGAGGAGGACAGGAGCGUCGGUUCGGACAUCAUGCAGGUUGCAGUCAUGUCUCCGAACAUGAGCCUGAGCAGCAACCCCCCUGAGCGUGACUGUGGCGAGAGGAAGCGGCUCAAGCGGAGCUCUGUUUGGGACAUUUUCGUCAAAGUGGACGACGAGGUUCACUGCACGAUGUGCGACACGAAGCUGAAAUACAGGAGCAGCACCACCAGCAUGAUGUACCACAUCAAGAACAAGCAUCCGGACACGAUGCCCAAUGAUGGCGUGUCACUGGCAACACACACAGAGGUGACUGAACUCAUCUCCAGAAUGAUAGAGAAGGACAUGCUUCCCAUCAGCAUGGUCACUGGGGAGGGUUUUCGCGAGCUCCUCGCAUACACUGUGCAUAAUUAUAAAAUGCCCUCUGCAGGGGAUAUUAUACGCCUCAUUGAAGGCCAUUUCCACGAGAAGGCGGAGGAGCUUGUGGUGCAGCUGGGUAAAGUGGAGAAAGUGGCUCUCACUGCUGAUUUCUGGACAGCCCUCCCUUUUCAGAGGUACAUUACAGUUUUCUGUUCAUUCAUAACAGAGGACUGGCAGGGAAGGUCAGCAGUGCUGCACACACACAAGAUAUCGGACAGUCACACUACUACAGACAGCGUCACAGAGAAGCUCCUAAAAACCGUGCAGGCCUGGGGUAUUGCUGGAAAAGUGACUGCGUGUGUUCACAACAACGCCCAGGACAUCCUGUCAGCCCAUGCGUGUGCCCAUGUUACCUGGGAUUACGCCACUUGCUUUGCCACCACGCUGCAGUUUGCGGUGAGUGACGGGCUGUGUGAGGAUCUAGUCCGGAUCAUUGCUGCUGCGGGGAAACUGGUCAAGCACUUCAAUCACAGCCUGCUGGCGAGCGAGGCCUUGGAGCAGAAGCAAGUUCAGAUGUGCCUGCCACAGCACAAGCUCAUCCAGUCGAGCAAAGCCAGAUGGGACACGAUCUGCGAUAUGUUCGAACGGUUACUUGAGCAACGGUGGGCAAUUAAAGCGGUCCUCUCCGAUCGCACAGUCACCAACAGACAGGAAGCCCAGACCCUUGAGAUUGAAGAUGACUGCUGGCAGAUAAUAGAGAAUUUCACACCUGUGCUGGCAACGCUCAAAUGGGCAACAACAGUCAUGUCUGCUGAAACGGAGGUGUCCAUUUCAAACAUCUACCCAAUCACCUUCAGCCUCAUUCAAACCCACCUUGUGCCAAAAGAGAAUGACGUUGAACAGGUCUCUGAGUUCAAGCUGAAAGUUCAGAAGUCACUUAGAAAUCACAUGGAGGUUGACUCUAAUGACCUAGCCUCCAAACCGGCUCUGAUUGCUUCUAUGCUGGACCCUCGUCACAAACAUCUCAGCUUCCUGACGCCAACGGGGAGACUGGCUGCAAAGGUGAAACUGCACGAACUGGUUUCAAAAUUAGAUGUGAGAAACGCCACCGUCAGCCCAAAGGAUGAACAGCAGGAGACCUUGAUCACACCUGAUAUUAGUCAGGUGGCUAUGCCCUCACAAAUGAAAAGUGACACCAAAAACACUAUGAUGUUGCUCCUAGGAGACAACUACAGUUCCUCCUAUGCCACAGACUCUGAGGCUCAGGUAGAUUACUACUUGAGAGACAUUGCUCCCUCGUUGGACAUAAACCCUCUUGACUGGUGGAGGGUGAACGGACCGAGGUUCCCCAAACUGGCCACUCUGGCAAGACACUAUUUGUGUGUACCUGGGGUAGCACUGCCGUCUUUAUUGUCAGAGGCUGGACAAACAUUUGCAACAAUGCGCACAAGACUGAGCCCAGAGCAUGUUGACAUGAUGAUCUUUGUAAACAGAAAUGCAUAACUUGCAUGACCCUACGUGAUGGAGAUGUACCCUGAUUUACCAUACUAAUAAUGAAAUAAGGUCACUGUAGGGCAGUGGGAAGCAAGUUAGGUAGACACUUUGAUGAGUCAGGGAGGAUGGGGAGAUGGCAGGGCUAUUAAAAGAGCAGGUACUCUCUCUCUCUACCAUGUUGUACAUUAAUUAGCUGGUGCUAAUGAGGCUACAAUCAUGUUGUUUUUCAGUCAACAAAAAGCAUUAGACAUUAGCAGUAAAAUCCCCCCCCCCUCCUCCUCCAACAGUUGCUGUGACCUGAGCUGCAGUAAAAUGAACUACCUAAAUGUAGAUCCCAUUAAAACCUAGUGAUUUGUUUCACUUGACUGACUCACUCACACUCCUGACUUAAUAAAUUAUGUCAGCUAUAUCUGAGUAAACACGAGGUGAAUAUAAAUUCUUGGCACUAAACAACAACCCAAAAAAAAAUAAAAAAAAUCACAGGAAAACAUCUAGUGGAGGCUGCUAACAAUGUAUCAAGCUGUACAGGUAUAAUGUUUCAUACAUUAUAGUUCCAAACACGCAUUUUAAAUAGAUUUCAAAAUCAAGAUAAAUACUGAAUAUUUGUAUUAGAAAUACAGCUAGAAACAAACUGACCAAACUAACCACUAUAUUAUUACCAGUAUUAAUGUGAUGUCUGUUGUGUCUCUCAGUAUGCUAUGCCAAUAAAAUGAAGUACAUACA